AUGGUUAAGCCGGUCGACUUCCACUGCCCUUAUGGCAAUAUGUUUCCUAUAGGCACCAUUAAGGUUCCGGGCAGUGGUUUCUUCAUCGCUGGCACCAUUCAGGUUCCUGGCAGUGACAAUGUGUUUCCUAAAGGCUCCAUUCAGGUUCUGGGCAGUGACAAUAUGUUGCCUAUUGGCACCAUUCAGGUUCCCGGCAGUGGUUUCUUAAAGAGUUCAUUUUGCUACAUCAGACCAGUGGAGAUGGACAAGCUACAGGCAAAUCAGGAGCAACGGUCGUCGGAACCCAGGCCACACAUGCUCAAGCGUUGGUUCGCCUCCGUCCCGGAAGCAGACCGCAAAUACAUGCCAGUGCCAAAGGCGUUUAGAAAAGCGCGAAACAAACCCGUGCAAAAAGGUCACAUCGCUCGUGCAUUGGAUGUAAUAUAUAAACGAGUGCCCAUCAUUGAGUUUUUGAAGAACAAGGUGUUUAAAAAGAAUGCUUCUGCAGAUUUAGUAGCCGGCUUGGCUGCGACGGGUCUGCACUUUCCGCAAGGCCUUGCGUAUGCCAUUAUGGCUGGGCUACCGCCUGGGCUUGGAAUGGUCUCCACCAUUUUGCCCGUGCUGAUCUACAUGAUGUUUGGAUCCUCGCCUCACACUUCCAUUGGCACCAACGCCAUAGUGUCUAUUAUGAUUGGUGACAUGCUUCUUGAGCCAAGCCUAAAGGCUAGCAUGCUUGCCGCCUCGGAAGGCGGAAUACCCGAUGUGCAUCUUGUUGUGAACAAUUCGUCUGAAACGUACAAAGGCAUGAACGCAACCGCAGCUUCCUACACUUUUAGCAUAGAGUCUUCUAAAGGGUACAUGGAUCAAAGGAUUGCGCUUGUCUCCGGAGCAACAUUGUACAUUGGCAUAAUGUUCUUCUUGAUGGCUAUUUUCCGCAUGGGCUUCUUGGUGACAUACUUGUCACGGUCGUUUAUGAGCGGUUUCACGACGGGAGUAGCCGUGCACAUAUUCAGUAGCCAGAUAGCGUUAGCUUUCGGCUUGAAACUGCCACCAAGCGAGGGCCUUGGAAAACUGGUGAAGUUGUACUAUAAUGUAUUUGCACACGUUUCAUCUGUGCACGUUCCGGAUCUAUUGGUCUCCCUCAUAUGCGUUACAAUUUUGAUUGCUGUCAAAAUAGGUAUCAACGAAAAAUUCAAAUUAAGAAUUCCUAUUCCAAUUGACUUCAUUUUACUUGUGGUGGUAACAAUUAUUUCUUAUUUUGCACAGCUGCCUUCCAAAUUUGACGUGAAAUCGAUAGGUGUUGUUGAACUUGGUUUUCAUGCGCCUAUUAUGCCGGCCAUGUUUCCGGUCGGCCCAUUGCUGCUAUACGCUCUGCAAAUAGCUCUGGUCACCUUCUUCUUGAACAUCUCGGUUGUCAAAAUUCUCGCCAGACGGAACGGAUACGAAAUCAACGAGAACAUUGAGCUGAAUGCAUACGGAAUGUGUAACAUCCUUCCCGCUUUUUUGUCCAUUCUUCCUGCCAGCGUGGCGCCACCAAGAGCCUCUUUGCUGUCCGCUAUGGGAGCAAAAACAACCAUGAACGGUGUAUCCACGUUCGUCAUAAUGCUUGCUUUGGUAUUUUACUUUGACAUUCCGUACGGGCUCGCACUGGGCGUGCUCGUGUCCCUGCUGUCGGUGGUAAAUCAGAGCCAACGAGGCUGGGUUUCCAUCCUUGGCAAGUCUGACUCAGAGGAUCUUUACAUGGACUCGAAGCUAUGUGGAUCCAUCCACGAGCUGCCGAGGAUCAAGAUUGUACGUAUGGAGGCUUCGCUGUACUUCGCCACGGCCGAACAGUUCCGGAAGAACAUAUACAAGAUAAUUGAGCAAGACACGGACAAUUAUGACGAUGACACAGAGGAAGACCCUGAAUCGGAACAAACAAACAUUGCGUUAACUGUUAUGAAUGCCGAUGACAAAGAAGAAGAAGUCAAAAUUGAUGGAGAAACACAGAAACUAAAAAAUGGUAGCGCAGACCACGGAGACGAUGAUGCUUCGGAUGAUGAUUCCGACCAGUUCAGCACGAAGAUCCUUAUUAUAGAUUGCAUACCGUUUAAUUUUAUGGACGGUACCGGUCUGGACAUGCUGAAGCUGGUCAUAUUUGAGCUGAAGUGUGUUAAUAUCGAGGUCUACCUUGCGAGGUGCUCUAAGUACAUGCUGCGGAUGCUGGAAGUGUCGGACGCGUACGACGGGUUACCGAGGGAACACGUUUUCAUUGACCUCCCAGACGCCGUGGAACAGGCUAGGAAAAUUGUUGAAGGGAAACGGUAUCGGCCACACCAUGUGCACCAUAUCGUUGAAAUGCACGAUGAACAGCGCAAAAUGUCGUUGCGCCAGACUGACACUGAGUAUGACAUGUCCAUACACAGAAAAAGCAUUUUCACUCCUCUGGCAUAA